AUGACAGCCUCGACACGCGGCAUCUGCGGCCUGACGCUUCGUGAGCCGCGCCAGCGCGUUGGCGUGCGCGGUCUUCCCGCACGCCUUGUACUCUUUUUCGUGGCAGGCGCCGCACUGCUCCGCACCGACGUAGUCGGCGGCCAGCGCCGAAGCGGGCGUGAGGACGACGAGCGCAAGGGCGAACAGCCGCAUCGUCGCCGGAGGGUAACCCGGGUGCACACCAAGUCAACGUCCACGUUCGACGGCGCUCGACGCCGCGUCGUCGAACGCAUACCGUGCGACCCUGUCGUGAAGCUAGUCGGACUCACGGGCGGAAUCGGAUCCGGAAAGUCGGCGGUCGCGAAGAUGUUUCGCGCCCUCGGCACCACCGUCAUCGAUGCGGAUCGCAUUGCACGCGAGGUCGUGGAGCUCGGCACGCCGGGCCUUCACGCCAUCGUGAAGGCCUUCGGCACGGCAAUCUUGGCCCCGGAUGGCACCCUCGACCCGGCGGUCUCGGCCGUCGGGUCUUCGUGUGACGAUGAGGCUCGGAAGACCCUCAACGCGAUCGUUCAUCCCGAAGUUGGUCGGGAAGGGAUCGCCGUCGUCGUUUACGACGUUCCCCUCCUCUUCGAAAACGGCCUCGACGGCGGGAUGGAUGUGGUGGUCGUCGUCGACGUGUCACCCGAACGUCAGCGGGCCCGCAUCCUCGCGCGAGACGAUCUGAGCAUCGAAGAAGUCGAGGGACGUAUCGCCGCUCAAAUGCCGCUCGCCAACAAAGUCGCGCGCGCGGACGUCGUCAUCGAUAACAACGGAAGCCUCGAAGCAACCGAACAGCAAGUGCGCGCCCUCUACGCGACACUCGCGGAAGGCGUCAUGAAGGAUCGCCACGUAUUCAUCACCGAGCUACCCGGGAUUCAUCGCCCGGCGCCUCGUCAAACGUUUACUCGCCGCCGACGAGCAACUGCGCGUCACGGCGCUCGUCGAGUCGAACAAACGUGA